GUAAGUUUACCUUUAACCGGUUUUGUCACUUGAUUGUUUUGAGGGUGUUUUUUGUCCGCUGCAGCGUCUGGAAAAAGCCACUUUUUUGGCAAGAUGCUGGCCCCCGUGAGACAAGUGCUUAACCAGAAACGGAUAGUGUUAGCCAGUGGAUCGCCCAGACGUCAAGAAUUGAUGAAAAAUCUCGGCAUCAAUGUCGAGAUUUGUCCAUCACGCUUCGAGGAGGACUUCAAGCCAGAGGAUUUUCCAUCAUUCUGCGCCUACGUGGAGGAAACUGCCCUGCACAAGGUGCUGGAAGUUAGCGAUAGACUCCAUGAUCCGGUUCCGGAUGUCAUCAUUGGCGCUGACACGGUUGUGACAAUGGAUGGGGUAGUGUAUGGGAAGCCCAAGAAUAAGGAGAGGGCAUUUCAGAUACUCACGAAGCUCAUGAAUCGCAAGCACCGCGUUUACACGGGAGUUGUGAUAAAGAUUGCUGAUAAGUUCAUUAGAUUCACAGAGACUACGGAUGUGUACUUUGGCCAGGCCACUCCGGAACAGAUUCAAGCUUAUGUGGACACAGGAGAGCCACUGGACAAAGCCGGGGGAUAUGGGAUUCAGGGAGUUGGAGGGACAUUCAUAGAACGUCUCGAAGGGGACUAUUUUACAGUGGUGGGUCUCCCGCUCUAUAGAAUAUGCAGGGAGCUGUACUGCCUCUUCAGAUAAUUUGGUUAGAUGGACGAACAUAAAGUUCCUAUUUAGAUUUAUCCCAAGCAUUUCUUCUGUAUGGUUAAUAAAAGACUAUGGACAGGUA